AUUGAUCUGUUUUUAACAUCCUAACAAGUGUAAAACGUAAUAUUGGGAUGUUUUAGCUUUAUGGUUUUUGGCCCAAGGAUUUUUCAAGGCGAUAAACGGAGGUAGGGUAAUUGAUUUUCUCUUUGUUAGUCACCCACACCACUCAUCACAUCGUUUUUUUUCAGAUUAAACAGCUUCAUCUGCCCUAAAAAGUCUAAUAAUGAUUCCUGUUUAAAGUAUUCUCGAUAAAAAAAGCAGUAAAGUUAGUAUAGAAUAUUACGCUACUAAUACUAUUUUUAAACGGUAAUAAAAUUCAGUACAAAAGUAAAUUCGUGAAUUUAGUUGAACCAAAAAGUAAGCAGUUUUGAAUAUAUAAUUAGAAAGGCAACGAACUGAAAGAAUCUAUUAUGAAACCUUUUCCUUUCAUUAUUAUUAUUAUGAUUAUUAUAGCUAUACUCUAGGCCUGAAGGUCUUAUUUUGAACAGGUACAAAAUGUUCAUAAAUCAUUCAAUAUACUUAUAUAUAUAUAUAUAUAUAAAUAAGAAGGAAAAAAAACCAUCUCUUCAAGAAUUUUUAUGAUUAAAUAUAAAAUUUGAUUACUCUUGUCAAAUGUUCUAUUCUUUGUCUUAAUGAUAAAAUACCAUUUUAAAUCGCUAUCGUAAAUUUUUAUGAUAGGAAUAUAAAUAUUUGCGUCUUUCCUUUCCGCCUAUGAAAAUUUAUUUGUAUUAAGUUUCGAUUAGUAAGCGUAGGUUGUUCUACUAAAAUUACUUAUGGUCUUGAAUUUGGCAAAUAUAAACUAAUUUUUAGAAAAAACAUUCCAUUUCUUAUUCUUCUUUUCUUUUCUUUUUUUUGAUAGAAAUGUGUUCUUGUUUGAGAACCCUCUUUGCAAAAAAGGAAAGGCUACCGAACAUUAAUCAUGUUCCUGUUCCGGAUUUACAACCAGUCAAAUUAAACGAAGCCGCUCGGCCAAACGACGAACGUUUGGAGGCAAUGUUCUCAUCUCUAGUCGACGAAUUGGGCUUACCUGAACCUCAAAAACAGGCUAUGCUUACUCUAAGUGCUGAUAAAAAGUGGCAAAUUUAUUGCAGUAGAAUUCAAGAUAUAGAUACAGGUCGAACAUUGGCUAGCCCCGAAGAAUUUCUCGGAAAGUUAAAAAAGGUAGAGACUGUUAAGGACGUUGACGCUUUAAGGACUGCCCUUCGUACUCAAACUCUCAGCUUUGUUACAAGAUUUCUUACGUUAAAUGGUGUUGACGAAUUAUUAAAUGUGCUAAGACAAUUAGAAACGUGGUCAAGCGAACAGCAGGAAGAGAUCGAUUACAUCCAUUUGGCAGUAGUCGGUUGCGUUAACGCACUGUUGAAUGUGUCUGAAGGACGUUCUCAUAUUUUAGGCCACCCAACAGCUAUUGCUUGCCUUGCCCGUAUUUUAACUUCACAAUCUGUUCAAGUAAAAGUUAAUGUUCUAGAGAUUUUAGCAACACUCUGUAUGGUACCAGGAGGUCACAGAAAAGUACUUCAAGCUUUCUUUGCAUUUUCAAGAUGGGCUAGUGAAAGAACACGCUUUCAAACAUUGAUUUACGAAUUGGGACGUAAAUGGAAUAAUCCAUACGAGGAAGUUAGAAUGAAAACUGCCAUCUUGUCACUAGUCAAUGCCGUAAUUAAAUAUGGUGCAGGGGAAAAGCACCUUGAAUUCCGAUUGCAUAUCCGCUUUGAGUUCCUCAUGCUGGGUAUAGAACCGGCAAUAGAUGCUCUUCACCAAUAUAACGACGAAACUUUGGGAAGACACGCCGAAUUCUUCGAAGCUUUGAGAAUAGAGGAUGAGAGAAACUUUGCUGAAAAAUUUGAAACGAAACAUGUAGAUUCCCGUUCUGCUACCUCGUUAUUCGAUUAUUUGAGAAAGAGAAUGACCGUUUCGCCUGCCUAUCCCUGUUUUGUUUCCAUACUUUUCCAUCUUAUGCAGAUCAGUCACGCUUCCUACGGACCAUCGUGGCUUUUAAUUGAGCGAGUUAUCGAGCAGAUUAUCUUACAAACGAAGGAAGGAGAUCCAGACGAUGCUCCACUGGAAUUAAACGUUGCUGCUGCUAUAAAAACUAUUGUUGCCGAAGGAGAGAUGAAACAACUAAAAAAAGAUAUACGUAAAGCGGAAAAGGAAAGGGAGAAUGUAGAAGCUCAACUUUUGGGGAAAGAAAGGGAAAUCGAAGUUAAGGAAAAAGAAAUUGAAGAAUUGGCCAACAUCUUAGAAAGUAUGAAAAGGGACUUGGAAAAUGAGAGACGACGUCGAGAAGAGGCAGAAUUAAAAUUAGCGAAUGCUUUAAAACAGAAUGGUGGAAAAGCUGUUUCUAUGCAAAAUGGGCAUGAUACAACGCCAUCUAGGGUUGGAAGUUUCAAAUCACCAACGCCUGCUCCGGCACCACCACCGCCGCCUCCACCUGGCUUAGGAUCUUCUCUUAUACCGCCUCCUCCAGCACCUCCACCUCCACCUGGUGCUCCUGGUGCACCUUUAAGUCUUAUCGAAAGGCCGUACGCAGGACCCAAACCGACUCAGCCACUCAAAUCGUUCAAUUGGACUAAAUUGCCGGCCAAUCAACUAGAUGGAACUAUUUGGAAACGAAUCAGUGAAAAAUUUGAUAUCUUAGAUCUGCCUGACGUAGAGAAAAAUUUCUCAGCCUAUCAACAUAAAAUAGAAGAGAAUGGUGGGGGAGAUUCUUUAAAAGGGCGAUCUGCAACAGUGAUUCGAGAGCUAUCGGUUGUAGACGGCAGACGUGCUCAAAAUUGUAAUAUUCUCUUGUCGAAGCUGAAAUUAUCUAACGGCGAAUUAGCCCACGCAAUACGGAAUGUUGAUCCUAGCGAAAAACUGGCAAAAGAUAUGUGCGAACAAUUGCUUAAAUUUAUUCCGAGUACUGAAGAAGUACAAUUAUUAAGUGAACAUGCACAUGAAAUCGAACAAAUGGCAACAACUGAUCGAUUCUUAUACGAAAUGAGUCAAGUAGAGCAUUACGAAGAGCGUCUAAAAGGUUUAUAUUAUAAAAAGAAAUUCAAUGAAAGAGUGUCAGAUUAUAGAAAUCAGUCAGAAAGUGUUAUAAAAGCAUCAGAGCAAGUUGAUAAGAGUAAAAAUUUGAAAAUAAUACUAAGCGUUGUUCUUGCUAUGGGUAACUACAUGAACCGUGGACAGCGGGGAAACGCAGCUGGCUUUAAAUUAUCAUCUUUAAAUAAACUAGCCGACACAAAAUCAAGUGUCGAUAAACGAAUUUCGUUGCUUCAUUAUCUAAUUGAGAGUUUACAAAUAAGAUGCCCACAAGUCAUGGAAAUUCAAAAUGAAUUAAGUUCUGUUAAAGAAGCUAGUAAAGUUGAAGUAGCCGAAUUGGAAAAGGAGAUUAGGCUAUUACGAAAAGGAUUAAGAGAGAUCAAACUGGAGACAGAAUUUGAGAAGAAAAGGGAUUCGAAUGACAAGUUCUCUAUUGUAAUGUCUAAUUUCGAAACAGUUGCCAAUUAUAAAUUGAACGAUUUAGAGAAACUUUUAAUUGAAAUGAAAGAAAAAUACGCAAAAGUAUCUAAACUAUUCGCCGAAAGUGAAACAACACCGCAGGAUUUCUUUACUGAAUUUGAUCUGUUUUUAGUUUCAAUGAGUGAGGCUCAGGCUAGUAUGGAAAAGAUUAAGAAACAAAAAGAAGAAGAAGAGAAACGUAAGAGAAUUAUGGAAAUGCAAGCUCAACGACGUAGCUCUCGAGGAACAUUACCUAGACCACCGCAAGACUUGGAAAAUAAAGCCGGCGGAGAAUUCGACUCUAUGAUAUCGGCCUUAAGAUCAGGAGUGGCCUUUGGAGAAGACGUUGCAAAAAUGAAAAGAGGAACAAGGAAGAAAUCUUAUCAAAUCGAUCGUGAAAGGUCGUCUUCUAGGGAAAAAGUGAACUGCCGAUAA